AUGUCUUCAAUGUAUGCGAAUGAGCCAGGCAGGAGACUCCUACCGUCGGUCGUCGACCACUGGGCAGAGGUAGAUCCGAAGAGGCCAUUCUGCAACCUCCCCAACACCAUGACACGGCAAGACGGCUUCCAUCCUGUAUCCUUCGGGGACAUCUCGCAUUGCGCUGACUUUAUGUCCGGCUGGAUUGGGGCCCUGGCGGGUCGUGGUGCUGGUGAAACGUUGGCCUACAUGGGCGUCAAUGACAUUAGAUACCUUGUCGUUUUCCUCGCAUGCAACAAAAUGGAUUACAAGACAUUCUUACCGUCGACGAGAAAUUCGGACGAGGCCUAUGUCCAUCUCCUCCGGACAACGAGCCCAGCCGCGUUCUUAUAUACCCCCGAAUUCAAGGACAAAGUGCAGGCCUUGCGAGUUCAUUAUCCUGAAAUGAAAGCUUUUGAAGUUCCUUCCUGGGAUUACAUGUUAGCAGGCGAAACAGAGCACUAUCCUUGCACCAAAUCGUUCGAUGAAGAAGAAGAUCGUGUCAGCCUCGUUAUGCAUACGUCGGGGACUACAGGCCUCCCCAAACCAAUAUACCUGACGCAUGGGUUCUUCGCUACCUUUGAUAACCUAGCCAACUAUCCACUCCCACCUGGUCGGUCUACGGCUCUUUCAAAAAUGCGGUUAGAGAACAACGGGAUUUUAACGGUGACGCCUUUCUUCCACAUCAUGGGGUUCAUGCCAUUUGUCGUAGCAAUCUUGUUUCGAAUUCCAUUCUCUGUUCCUCCUCCUAAACCACUUUCUGGAAAGCUUGUGAUCGAUAUCAUCGAGGCGUGGAAGCCGCAGGCGGCCCUCCUACCACCGUCUCUCAUCGAGGAUAUUUGCAGCACCCCAGGAGGCACGAUCUCUGUGGCUAAGCUGGAUCGUCUUUACUUCGGAGGCGCACCUCUGGCACCAAAGACAGGUGACAAACUCCGAGACAAAGUCUCCAUAAUCACGGCAAUAGGGUCCACUGAAAUGGGCCUCAUUCCUUCCAUGAUCCCAGAAGACAGCAAGGAUUGGUCCUACUUUGACUGGGCACCAGGUUACAACGUUUCCAUGGAGCCGGUCGGUGAUGGCCUCUCUGAACUUGUGCUCCGACGGAGCAAAGACCGGAGCUACCACGCCAUUUUCCAUACAUUUCCCACCCUGACGGAAUAUCGCACGAAAGACCUGUUUCGCCAACACCAGACCAAGCCCAACCUGUGGCAGUACGCCGGUCGGCUCGACGAUAUUAUUGUGUUCAGCAACGGCGAAAAGUUCAAUCCCGUUACCAUGGAGAAACGGAUCGAAGCCAUGCCCCUCGUAUCAAGGGCGUUGGUGGUAGGCCAAGGCCGAUUCCAGGCUGCCCUUCUGCUGGAGCCGAACUGGGGUCUGUGGGAUCUGAAUGGAUUCACUGCGGUGGAAGCCUUCAUAGGCGCCGUGUGGCCGCAGGUGCAGGAUGCUAAUGAAUCUGUCCCGACAUAUGCUCGUGUGAUGCGAGAUCAUAUUGGCAUUGCGGUGAGGCGUAAACCGUUUAGGACGACCGCUAAAGGGAGUACGCAGCGCCGGCAGGUUAACGAAGACUAUAAGAGCGAGAUCGAGGUGUUGUAUAACAGACAGAAUGAGACAAGCCGGGCUGUUCUCGAGGACGGCUCGUUGGAAUCCGUGGCGCAGUUUGUUCGCCAGGCUGUAAUCAGCCAGCUUGGCCGUGAUAUUGGUGACGAAGAUGAUUUAUAUGUGUCUGGAUUUGAUUCUCUUCAAACAGCAUCACUUUCAAGAACCCUCAGCAAGGCGGUUACCAGAAACGAUGACGACGGCCAUGGACGUGUUACAACUCACAUGAUAUAUGAUAACCCAUCUAUUGCCUCGUUGUCUCUGUUAAUCACGGGUCUGAUCGAUGCCAGAAGUACUCGAGCAGAAAUAUCCCGAACUGACAGAAUCAACGGUCUAUUGGAGUCUUUUACCCAGGAUCCGCCACAACCCAGGAAGGCAACGGUAUAUAGACCAACUGGUGAAGGCAACGUUGUCCUGCUCACCGGGUCCACUGGGUCCUUCGGUAGCUAUAUCCUGGACAUUCUCCUAGGUGACCAAGCCGUGAGGAAGAUCUAUUGUCUGAAUCGCUCUCUUGAUGCAGAGGCACGCCAGACGCAAAGCCACCACGAGAAAGGGCUGCGAGCGGUAGAGCAGAACAGGAAACGGCUUGAAUUUAUCCAAGCAGCUAUAUCAGAAGGCCAGCUGGGUCUGCCAGAGAGCAUAUACAGCAAUCUUCUUGGUGAAGUCAAUGUGGUCAUCCAUAAUGCGUGGAAGGUUGACUUCAAUCAAUCACUCGCGUCAUUCCACCCGAUGAUAAAAGGCGUUCGAAGCUUGAUCGACUUUGCUUCAGAAACGAAAUACUGCGCCCAUCUAUUCUUCGUGUCGUCUAUUAGUUCCAUAGGGGCGUGGAAUCCGUCCAUGGGUCACCCAUCUGCGCCAGAAGGCCCAGUACACAUCCCAGAUGCUGCUUUGAAGCAGGGAUACGCCGAAUCGAAGCAUAUAUCAGAACGACUUUGCUAUGCUGCGUCAGACAGGAUUGGCAUUCCCACUACUGUUCUUCGCGUUGGACAGAUAGCUGGACCGACCAACAACCUGGGAAGCUGGAAUUCGAAGGAAUGGAUCCCAGCUUUGGUGAAGUCAUCGAUGAGCCUGGGGCAGAUUCCUUCCACGCUGGGAGGUGCAAAUGAAGUCAACUGGAUUCCAAUAGACAGCCUAGCUGAGAUCGUGGGGGAGAUUAUACAGUACCGUCUCUCGCUACAAUCGGAAGCAACUUCGGCCACCUUCCACCUUGUCAAUCCUCACAUUACUGAAUGGCCGAUGCUGAGUGCCCAUAUCGGACAGAAGAUGGGUCUGGAUACCAUCGCCCUUUCUAGUUGGAUCCAGAAUGUUGAUAAGACAGGCCGACGCAACCAUACUGAUGCUACAAAUAUACCAGCACUCAGGCUUCUAGACUUUUUCCGUGGAUUGCUGGGUGACACCGAGAGUAUAUCCGGCAUCGACGUCAGUAAAGCAAUUGAAGCCAGCAAUGGCCUGCGCUGCCUGGAACCGGUCACAGUGGGAAUGAUGGACAACUGGACUCGCCAGUGGGGAUACAAUUAA